AUGUCCGAGCUCCUGUGCGACUCGAAUGCACGCCCGCCCCCGUCCCUCUACGCUGUCCGCCCACCCUCCUUCGCCCUCAACGUCGCCCUCCUCCCCGCUCGCUCGCUCCCCGACACGCGCUGGUUCGUGCCCGCCUCGCUCGUGCACCCUGCGGUCGGUCGUGUGCUCCUCGUCAGUGCUGCUGCUCGCGCUGUGUCAAGUCGCUCGAGUCGAAGGAGCUGGAGGAGGGUUCGCUCGUUCUCGCUGGACCGAGCAAGCGAAGAUCCUCACUCGCUCGCUCGCCGGACUCGUUCUCCUUGUUUUCUUCAAUCUGUUCGCUCAAGCUGGACCCUUCGCUGGACUCGCGCAGACUGCCGACGCACGCGGGCACACUCGUCCCGCUCUCGCUCGUCUCCUCCCGACGCCUCGAGUGCUCAUCACUUUGUCCGGCUAUCCGGCGGAACAGGCUGGCUUGGUGUGACAAUGCAGCCGCGCGAUACGACGCAGGAGGGCGAGGGAGGCACACAGCAGGAGCCGCAGAAGCAGCCACAGCAGCAGGAGGUCCGGAUUCAGUGCCCAUACACCGCCUCGUCAUGCCCACUCUUCAACCCGACUUUCAGCGUCGCAGAAGUCCUCGCCGCCGGAUCUCCCGCCCCUCCUCCUCCUGCCUCUCCACCGCCGAAGAAACAACCCGCACCUCUCGCUCCGCACGCACAUCCCUCGCUCGUCGAUAGUAUGCGCAGCGCGUGCGCGUCCAUGGGCGGAUCGGGAGUCGUGGAGGGAGAAGGAGCGGCUGGGUUCGCCUACACCGACUACUCGAUCGCUCCUUCGCCUGAGACGCUUACUCGCUCGCUUGGGAGCUCGACCAGCGGCAGCGGGCGUGGGAGCGGGAGCCCGCUAUCCCUCACCAGCUCGGCACUCUUCCACCCCCCUCCCCCUCCUCUCGCUUCGACUUCCUACCCACCCAAACAUUCGCCCAGCACCCACACCCCCCUCCCUUUCAAUACACCCUCAGGCUUCCGCCUCCCCAGUCCCGAAACGCCCUUCUCGCCACUCUCGGCGCUCGAGGCAGCUGCGUUCGCAAGCGGUUCAGGAGCGUAUGGAAUUCCUUCCCCUCGCUCGGGCUUCACACCGUUCGCUUCGAGUUCGUACGGUGUGCCUCUCUCCCCUUAUGCAGGCGCGAGCACCUCGUACCGCCCCAACCUCGACUCUCCCGUCCUCCUUCCUCCGCCUCCACCUCUUCCAUCCUCCGCCCGCACUCAGCCCUCCACUUCCCGCCCAAUAGGCCUCGGGUUCUCCUCUCCCCCGCUCGCUCCCUCCGGACUGCCCAUGCCCAUGCCUAUGCCUGUCGCGGCCUUGGGGGGAUUGGAAGGAUUGGAAGGAUUGGAGGAGUUGGCUUCGGCUGCUGCUGCGGCCGCGGCGGCGGCGCAGGCUGGAGGGGCGGGCGGUGGAGAGAUGGGCAGGCCGAGGAAGAGGAAGCGAGUCCAAUCCAGCGGGGCGGGCGGAGCCCUGGAGGACGAGGACGAAGGGGAGGAAGAGGGGUUCGCACCGGUCGCGGGAGGGUCGGUCGCUUCGACUUCGGCGGCGGCGGCGGGAGCGAGCGCCCCAAUUCAGCCGGCGGGCGCAGAAGUCGCUACGCCGUUCAUCUCGAAACUCCACCAUCUCCUCUCGAACCCCUCCUACGCCGACGUGAUCCGCUGGAACACCACAGGCACCUCGCUCCUCUACUCACACACCUCCCCGCGCCUCCUCGAAGUCCUCAAGCGUUUCUUCCGUCACACCGCAAUCUCCUCCCUCGCUCGCCAGCUGAACAUCUACGCCUUCCGCCGGUUGUCGACGAACGAGGUGUUGGAGGAGUUGAGGGAGGGGGAGAAGGCGAGUGAGUGGACGGGGUUUAGUCAUGAGGGGUUUUGGAGGGAUCAGGAGGGGAGGGAGAGGUGUAAGCUGGAGAGGUUGAAGCCGAAGGCGGUGAAGAAGAAGGGGGAGGCGGGCAGCGGAGCGGGAGGUGGCGCGAAGAAGAGAAAGAAGGCCGCGCCGGCGGGAGGGAGGAAGGCGGAGGUGCUGAAGGACGAGGAGGACGGGGACGACGAGUAG